AUGACGAAACAAGUUGAUCUUCCAAUUCGUCCGACGGUAGUCAGGACCAAGUCACAACUUCGUCGUCGCAGUGAUCGAAUCCAAAACCCCGUCCAGCUCCAGGCUUUCGAAUGGAACCUCCCCACCGACCACUCACAUUGGAAGCGCCUCAGGUUAGCACUUCCGGCUCUGAGAGCUAUUGGGAUCAACAGUCUAUGGCUGCCUCCCGGAAGCAAAGCCAAGGACCCUGAGAGUAACGGCUACGACAUCUACGAUGCGUGGGACUUGGGCGAAUUCGACCAGAAGGGAUCUGUACCCACGAAAUGGGGCACCAAGCAGGAUCUGGUAGAUCUGGCCUCCGACGCCAACAAGAAUGGCAUUGGAUUGGUGUGGGACGCGAUUCACAACCACCGCGCCUAUGCGGACAGUACCGAGAUGGUCAAGGUUGUGGAGGUUGACCCCAAAGAUAGACGGAUAGACAUUACAGACGUGUAUGAGAUUGAGGCGUGGACGAAAUUCGACUACACCGCCAGAGGGGGCAAGUACAGCACAUUCACAUACAACAAGACGCAUUUCAACGGUACGGAUUGGAACCAGCAGAACAGCAAGAGGUCGAUCUACAGAUACGUAGAGGACGGGAAGAACUGGCACCAGGAUGUCGGCACUAGCCAGGGCAACGCGGACUAUCUCAUGCUCGAGAACCUCGACUACACCAACCCUGAGGUCGUGAAAGAGUCGAUGAAUUGGGGUCGGUGGAUUGUGGAAGAGCUCGGGUUGAGGGGCUUCCGCGUGGAUGCCGUGCAACACAUCUCCUGGAACUUUGUCAACGAGUGGUCAAAGUACUUGAAGAAGAUCAGUCGGCAAGAUCUGAUGUUCGUCGGCGAGUUUUGGCAUGGCGACGUCCGGGUGUUGACGAGCUGGCUAGACAACAUGCACUCGUUCUUCAGUCUCUACGACGUCCCGCUAAUGUACCACAUCGAGAGGUUGUCGUGGCACCAAGACACAGAUCUGAGAGAAGUUUUCAAGAACACUUUAGUGGAGCAGAGACCGAACAACGCAGUGACUUUCAUUCGCAACCAUGAUACCCAGCGUGGCCAGGCCAUGGACACGCCAAUCGCAGCUGAAUUCAUGCCCCUCGCAUACUCCCUCAUUCUCCUCAGACGGGACGGCCACCCUUGCGUCUUCUUCGGGGAUUUGUACGGCACCGGCCUUCCUCACCUCGAGCCUUCCGUGCAAGAGCUGCCAAACAUCCUCCUAGCCAGGAAGCUCUACGCCUACGGCAAGCAGAAAGAUUACUUCGACAAGCCGGACUGCAUCGGAUGGGUGAGACAGGGCAUCGAAGAGAGACCUGACGGCCUUGCCGUCGUCAUGAACUGGACCCAGGCCGCCGAAGCUGAGUCUCAGAUUUGCAUGCAGGUCGGGCGAGAACACGCCGGCGAAGUCUGGACCGAUGUCAUGGGACUUGAGACCGCCAGCGUCAUGAUUGACGAGAACGGCCUGGGCCUGUUCCCUUGUCAGCGGAACAGCAUGGCUUGCUUCGUCAACAAGGACGCCAAGGGCAGGAAGCGAUUCCCUGUGCGAUUUGAUACCGAUUUCAACAGCCUGCUCAGCUAG